AUGGCAGGGGGUGUCCUCUCUCCUUUGGAUAAUCUGUGUGGAGUGGACUGUGCCAAUGUCCAUCCCCUGUUUUGUCACCUGUGCCAUGAGCAGUACCAGCACCCAUGCCUCUUAGACUGUUACCACAUCUUCUGUGCGGGCUGCCUACAAGGCAGAGCCAAUGAAAGCCGUCUCAACUGCCCCCUCUGCGGAUACCCAUCAGUUGUAAAAGGAAUGAAUGCACUCCCACCAGAGGACCGUCUGCUGAAGUUCCUGGUUGAUAACGCUACUGAUGACUGUGAAGAGACAGUCCAGUGUGCCAACUGUGAUCAGCAGAGCAACAACCAGGACACAGGGCCAAUGUACUACUGUAACACGUGUAGCCAGCCCCUGUGUGGAGCUUGCAGGGAUUCCACACACAAGGCAAAGAUGUUCUCCCACCAUGAGAUUGUGUUCCUGGCCAAACGCACCAAAGUGUGCCACCGGAUGUGCUCUCUCCACGAUGAGCCCUACAUCAUGUUCUCCACAGAGAAGAGGUCGAUGCUCUGCAUCAAGUGUUUCAGAGACAUGCAAGUAGAGAGCCGGAUACACUGCAUUGAUAUUGAGACAGCAUACAUGCAAGGCUGUGAGAUACUAGACCAGGCAGUGCUGGCAGUGAAGGAGCUGCAGACAUUGGCCCGUGAGGCUAUUAUCAUGCUGAGGGCCAUGAUAGGGGCAGUGGGCUCCAAUAUGGAGGAAGAGGAGAAUGCAAUCUGCAACAUCUUCACCAGUAUGCAGGAAAGACUGGCUGAGAGGAAGAAAAUUCUGUUGCGAGCGGCUCAAAGCCAACAUGAAGAAAAGGAGAAGGCGCUAAAGGAGCAGCUCUCACACCUUGCUGCCCUCCUGCCAACCCUGCAGGGCCACCUGGUCACCUGCUCAGCCUUUCUCAGCUCAGCCAACAAGUUUGAGUUUCUGGACAUGGGAUAUCAACUAAUGGAAAGGCUGAGGAGGAUUGUGAAGCUCCCUCAUCAACUGCGACCAGUGCAAAGCAGCAAAAUUAACACAGACUACAGGGUUGAGUUUGCUCGCUGUCUGGAGCCCCUACUGCUGCUGGGACAGCGCCGCCCAGCCUCCAUUACCGGAGAAACUAGUAUUGCAGCCCUGCUCCAUUCCCCCCUCUCCAUGUCGUGCCGCUCCCCGUCCCUCAGUGACAUGCCCCUGGGCUCGGCCGCGGGGAGAAAGUCCACGUCCCACCGCUACAUCUGCACCAAGGUCCUCCUGGCAGAGGGGGGCGACACACCCUUCACUGAGCACUGCCGCAACUAUGAGAACAGUUACAGGACCCUCCAGACUGAGAUCCAGAACAUGAAGGACCAGGUACAGGAGCUACACAGGGACCUGACCAAACACCACUCCCUCAUCAACACAGACACCAUGGGGGAGAUCCUGGACCGCUCCCUGCACAUCGACGGACAGAUCUCCUCCCAGUACUCCUCUGUGGAGACCAUGAGGGCUCUGUUUGAAGAGAUUUGGGAGGAGACCUUUCAGAGGGUCACUAAUGAGCAGGAGAUCUAUGAAGCACAACUCCACGACCUGCAGCAGCUGAAGCAGGAGAACUUGUACCUGACCACCAUCGCCCGACAGAUUGGACCAUACAUCCUGUCUAUCGCCAAGGUUAAAGAGCGCCUAGAACCAAGAUUUCAGGAGCCCAAAGAGCUUCAUGAUGACCGCACAGAAACCAUGCUGAAAAUCUAUGAGGACACCUCUAUGGCCAUGGACGCACAACACAGUGAAGACCACACCUGUCCCACUGACAGUGACUGGGAAAGGAACAUGGACAACCGCUCCCUUAUCAUACAGUCUGAUGAGGCUUCCAUCAAGACCAAUGACUACCAUUGGCCAGGAAGGCAGACAGCCAAUUACAAUGAGAUGCCAUUAUAA